CAAAAUGGUUUAUUAAAAUAAUUAUUAUUUGCGCAAUGAACUAAUAUAAGUGUGCAUGCCGUGGGUAAUGAUUGUUGCCUAAAAGGCAUAUAAAUCGGAGCACAGAGCCGCGCGUUGGGAGUAGGAAUUGUGAUCCAAAGGUGUUUGCUCAGGUGGAACUCGUGGAUUUGGUGCCGGAAAGGGUUCUACCGAAAAAGGGUUAUAGACUACAAGAGGGAUGGAGUGAGCUGAUGGCGACGCUGUGGCUCCUGUGGCUCUUGUGGCUCCACCUAAUCCCUCUUGGCUGGGCGGCCAACAUCGAGGCCAACAGCCGGAUUGUGGGCGGUGUGCCAGUGGACAUCGGUAGUGUGCCCUAUUUGGUGAACCUGCGCAUCGGUGGCAACUUUAUAUGCGGCGGCUCAUUGGUCACGCCGCAGCAUGUGGUCACUGCCGCCCAUUGCGUCAAGGGAGUGGGUGCCUCACGCAUCCAGGUGGUGGCCGGAGUCACCCAACUCACGGAAACGGGUGUGAGAAGUGGCGUGGAAAAAGUCUACACCCCGAAAGCCUACAAUACCCGCACUCUCAGCACAGACGCGGCUGUUUUGAAGCUCAAAUCGCCCAUCAGUGGGCCAAAAAUAUCCACCAUUGAGCUGUGCAACGCCACCUUUAAGGCCGGUGAUCUCAUCAAGGUUUCUGGCUGGGGACAGAUCACGGAGCGGAAUAGGGCAGUUUCAAUGCAGGUGCGCAGUGUGGAUGUGGCUCUGAUUCCACGAAAGACCUGCAUGAGCCAGUACAAGCUAAGGGGAACCAUCACCAGCACCAUGUUCUGCGCCUCGGUGCCCGGCGUCAAGGACUCCUGCGAAGGCGACUCCGGCGGACCGGCCGUCUACCAGGGACAACUCUGUGGCAUAGUCUCGUGGGGCGUGGGCUGUGCGCGGAGGAAUUCACCAGGGGUCUAUACGAAUGUUAAGACUGUUAGGGGCUUUAUCGAUAAGGCCUUGGGCAUGUAGGGCCAAAAAUACAGAAUUAUAGCAGAUAUACAGAUAUAGCCAAAAGCAACUAGAAUAUCUAUAAUUUGUAAUUAAAAGAAAUAUAGCAUUAUUCAUAAUACCUAUUAAAUUUGUAAGAUCUACAAUGUCCAAAUUUUAAGUCACAAAAUAUUUUUGAUAUAAAAUGUACUGUAGUUGAUUAAAAAAUAGCCAAAAAACAACUAGAAAAAUUAUAAUUUGUAAGUAAAAGAACAAUAGCAUUAUUCAUAAUACCUAUUAGAUCUUUAAGUUCUAAAAUGUCCGGAUUUUAAACCAAAAAAUAUUUUUGAUACAAAGUGUAAUGUAGUUGUUUGAGAAAAAGCCAAAAACAACUAGAAAAUGUAUAACAGUUAAGUAAAAUAAAUAUAUCAGUAAAAAUUGCAGUCUUAUAAAAU